CAUAUCCAUUCAACUACUACCAUAUAUAUAUAUAUAUUUUAUUGUUCUUUCUCUUCCUUAUUGCACUUUCAAGCCUACCUUCUUUUACUCAUUCAGAGCAGCCCAUCAUAUUAUUUCUGCCUACCCUUAAACCCCAAAUUUCAGUUCUGGCCUAUUUCUUCCACCAGAUGAAUAUAGCCCAUUUGGCUAGUUUUCCUUCCCACUACCUUGAAUAAAGCCAACCCAGAUUCAUUUAAGUGCCAAUUCUUUCUUUGGUGUGGAGCAACAAGAAAUUUGGGGGUCUUUGUGAAUUAGGUAGUUACCCUUUUAUGAUUUUGAAACCUGUUAUUGGCUUUUGGGUAGCAAUUUAGUUGGUGGAGUUUGUUUGAUAUUGUUCUGUCAGUGGUUCUGUGUCAUUUCAUCUAGUUCUAAUUUUUUUUGUUUUGGAGGUGACAACUGAGAAGUAUUCUUGUAUGGCUUAUCCUGUUUAUACUGAAUCGUUAUCAUUUGGAGGCUCAGAACAUGGGCAGGGUCAACAAGUUCUGCCAUUUCAGGCGGCCAGCGGCUCUCUGAAGGUGUCUCUUUUACAUGGUAACUUAGCUAUUUGGGUCAUGAAGGCCAAAAACCUUCCUAACAUGGAUAUGCUUCACAAGACUCUCGGAGACGUGUUUUUAAGAUUGCCUAGCAGACUUAGCAGCAAAAGUGAAGGGAAAACAUCUGAUAAAAUAACCAGUGAUCCAUAUGUGACAAUAUCAGUAGCAGGUGCUGUAGUUGGGAGGACUUUUGUGAUCAGUAAUAGCGAAAACCCAGUUUGGGAGCAGCAUUUUGAUGUUCCUGUUGCGCAUUAUGCUUCAGAAGUGCAUUUUGUUGUGAAAGACAGUGAUGUUGUGGGCUCCCAGACCAUAGGUGCUGUAGGAAUCCCAGUCGAACGAUUAGUUUCUGGCAUGAAAGUUGAGGGAACCUUUCCAAUCCUUAAUUCCAGCGGGAAAAUAUGUAAGCCUGGAGCUACUUUGACUCUAUCAAUACAAUAUACCCCAAUUGAAAAUUUGACCUUCUAUAAUCAGGGAGUAGGCUCAGAUCCUGAUCAUCAAGGGGUCCCUGGUACUUACUUUCCUCUUAGGAGAGGUGGUAGAGUUACUCUCUAUCAAGAUGCCCAUGUUCAUGAUGGUUGCUUUCCCAAUCUGGAGCUUGAUGGCAGGGUUCAGUAUGAGCAGGGGAAUUGUUGGCAAGACAUAUUUGAUGCAAUAAGUCAGGCCCGCCGUUUGAUAUACAUUACUGGGUGGUCAGUGUACCACAAGGUUAGAUUGGUCCGGGAUAAAGAUGAGACAACAGAUUACAUGUUAGGGGAUCUUCUUAAGACCAAAUCACAGGAAGGUGUGAGGGUGCUGCUUCUUGUGUGGGAUGAUCCAACUUCAAGGAGCAUUUUGGGAUAUAAAACAGAAGGGGUCAUGCAAACUUAUGAUGAGGAGACUCGGCGUUUCUUCAAGCACUCUUCAGUCCAAGUGCUACUUUGCCCUCGAUCUGCUGUAAAGGGUAGCUGGGUCAAAAAGCAGGAAGCUGGAACAAUCUAUACCCAUCAUCAGAAAACAGUGCUUGUGGAUGCUGAUGCUGGCCAUUCUAAAAGAAAGAUCAUUGCAUUUGUUGGAGGUCUUGAUUUAUGCAUGGGGCGCUAUGACACUCCAGAGCAUUCUAUCUUUAGGAGUAUGAAGACUCUGCACAAAGAUGACUGUCGUAACCCUACUUUCUCGGAGCGUGCUAUUGGUUGUCCAAGGCAGCCAUGGCAUGAUUUGCACAGUAAAAUUGAUGGUCCAGCAGCAUACGACAUCCUCACCAAUUUUGAGGAGCGUUGGUUGAAGGCUUCAAAACCACACGGUCUUCAGAAACUGAAAACAAUGCAUGAUGAUGCAUUACUCAGGAUUGAGAGAAUUCCUGAAAUUAUUGGGAUAGCGGAUGUUCCUUGCCUGAGUGGAGAUGAUCUAGAAGCUUGGGAUGUUCAGGUUUUCCGUUCAAUUGAUUCCAAUUCCGUGAAAGGAUUUCCGAAGGACUCAAAGUAUGCUGCAAGCAUGAACCUGGUCUGUGGGAAGCAUGUGCUGAUAGACAUGAGUAUACAUGCAGCAUAUGUCAAGGCAAUCCGUGCAGCUCAACAUUUUAUUUACAUAGAGAACCAGUACUUCCUUGGGUCAUCAUAUAAUUGGAACUUAUACAAUGAUUUAGGGGCAAACAAUUUAAUACCAAUGGAAAUUGCUCUUAAAAUCGUAAAUAAAAUCAAAGCAAAUGAGAGAUUUUGUGUAUACAUUGUUAUCCCCAUGUGGCCAGAAGGUGUCCCUACAAGCACUCCUAUUCAACGAAUUCUCUUUUGGCAGCAUAAAACAAUGCAAAUGAUGUAUGAAAUGAUUUACAAAGCUCUAAAAGAGGUUGGACUUGACAAUAAGUAUUGUCCACAAGACUACUUGAAUUUCUUUUGCCUAGGGAAUCGUGAGACCCCGAGUGGUGAAGACAACUCUGCUGCAAAGGCAAACAAAAAAGAAGCAAACACUCCUCAAGCACUCACUCAGAAGUACCGACGCUUUAUGAUCUACGUCCAUUCCAAAGGAAUGAUAGUGGACGAUGAGUAUGUCAUCUUGGGAUCUGCAAAUAUCAAUCAGCGAUCCAUGGAAGGUACCCGAGAUACUGAAAUAGCAAUGGGGGCAUAUCAGCCUCAGCAUACCUGGGCUAGCAAACGCUCAAGUCCACAUGGACAGAUAUAUGGAUAUAGAAUGUCACUGUGGGCAGAGCACAUAGGAUCUCUUGAAGAAUGUUUCAAGCAACCAGAGAGCAUUGAAUGCAUGAGACGGGUACGGUCUUUGAGUGAGCAGAACUGGAGGCAAUAUGUAGCCGAUGAGACUACAGAAAUGAAGGGUCACCUCCUGAAAUAUCCAGUUGAAGUUGAUCAAACAGGCAAGGUGAAGGCGCUUCCUGGCUGUGAAACAUUUCCAGAUGUUGGUGGCAACAUACUGGGGGCAUUUACAGCCAUCCAAGAAAAUCUCACCAUCUGAUCCAAUUCAUCAACACCUACAUAUUCACAAUGGCUUUCAGUACAGUAUGGUUCUGCCUCAAUUCCUGGUCAUACGGCUUGAUCCAAUUUUACACAAUUUUUUUUUUCUUACACACCAAAAGGCAGGAUUUGAACCUACAAGAGCUGUGAAUAAAUUUUGUUUGUUUUGUUCAAUGCUGCACGAAGGCGCAUAUGCUCAAAA